CAGGCCCAGGGCCGCGCCCGGUCGCGGCACCGGCGCGCGCCCUCCCGUCCGCCCGCGGCACCCUGCCCACGCUGCGUGCUGACGUCGCACGCCGCCCGCGGGCGGAAGGGCGGGCGGGCCGUAGCGGCGGCGCGCACCCCUCAGAGGGGCGCUGGCGCGCGGGCGGAGGCGCUCGGCCGGGCGGACGCGAGCGUUUAGGGUGCUGCGCGAUGAGUGGCGCCCCGGACCGGGGCCCAGAGGCCGGCGCUGCCCGGGCCGAACCCCCCGGCCCGGCGCUGAGCGUGGACGUGGCGGGGCUGCUGGCACAGCUGGCGCGCAGCUUCGCGCUGCUGCUGCCGGUGUACGCGCUGGGCUACCUGGGCCUGAGCUUCAGCUGGGUGCUGCUGGCUCUCGGGCUGCUCGUGUGGUGCCGGCGCAGCCGCGGCCUCAAGGCCAGCCGCCUGUGCCGCGCGCUGGCGCUGCUGGAGGACGAGGAGCGCGCCGUGCGCCUGGGGGUGCGCGCCUGCGACCUGCCCGCCUGGGUUCAUUUUCCAGACACUGAAAGAGCAGAAUGGCUAAAUAAGACUGUAAAACAUAUGUGGCCUUUUAUUUGCCAAUUUAUAGAGAAGUUGUUUCGAGAAACCAUAGAACCAGCUGUGCGGGGAGCAAACACCCACCUUAGCACCUUUAGUUUCACGAAAGUUGACAUGGGUCAGCAGCCUCUCAGGAUCAAUGGUGUUAAGGUGUAUACCGAAAAUGUGGACAAAAGGCAAAUUAUUAUGGACCUUCAGAUUAGUUUUGUAGGAAAUUGUGAGAUUGAUUUGGAGAUCAAGCGAUAUUUUUGUAGAGCGGGUGUGCAAAGUAUACAGAUCCAUGGCACAAUGCGGGUGAUCCUGGAACCAUUGAUUGGAGACAUGCCCUUGGUGGGAGCGUUGUCUGUCUUCUUUCUUAGGAAGCCACUUGUAGAAAUUAACUGGACAGGACUGACUAAUCUUCUUGACAUCCCUGGACUGAAUGGUUUAUCAGAUACUAUCAUUUUGGAUAUAAUAUCAAAUUAUCUGGUGCUUCCCAAUCGAAUCACCGUUCCUCUUGUCAGUGAAAUUCAAAUAGCUCAGCUGCGGUUUCCUAUACCAAAGGGUGUUCUAAGGAUCCAUUUUAUUGAAGCUCAGGAUCUUCAGGGGAAAGAUACUUAUCUGAAGGGACUUGUCAAAGGAAAGUCAGACCCCUAUGGAGUAAUUCGAGUUGGCAACCAAAUCUUCCAAAGCAAGGUCAUCAAAGAGAACCUCAGUCCAAAGUGGAACGAGGUAUACGAGGCUUUAGUCUAUGAACACCCUGGACAGGAAUUAGAGAUUGAGCUUUUUGAUGAAGACCCAGACAAGGAUGACUUUCUGGGAAGUCUUAUGAUUGAUCUUAUUGAAGUUGAAAAGGAGCGCCUUUUAGAUGAAUGGUUCACCCUAGACGAGGUCCCCAAAGGAAAGCUGCACUUGAAACUGGAGUGGCUCACGUUAAUGCCAAACGCCUCAAACCUUGAUAAGGUGCUAACAGACAUCAGAGCUGACAAAGACCAAGCCAAUGAUGGUCUUUCCUCUUCAUUGCUGAUCUUGUAUUUGGAUUCAGCGAGGAACCUUCCGAGUAACCCAUUAGAAUUUAACCCUGAUGUCUUGAAGAAGGCUGCAGUUCAGAAAGCUUUAAAGUCAAGGAAGAAGAUAAACAGCAACCCAAAUCCUCUUGUCCAAAUGUCAGUUGGUCACAAGGCCCAGGAGAGCAAGAUUCGGUACAAAACCAAUGAACCUGUGUGGGAGGAAAACUUCACUUUCUUCAUUCACAAUCCCAAGCGCCAGGACCUUGAAGUUGAGGUCAAAGAUGAAGAGCAUCAGUGUUCCCUGGGGAAUCUGAAGAUCCCUCUCAGUCAGCUGCUCACCAGUGAUGACAUGACCAUGAACCAGCGAUUCCAACUCAGUAAUUCAGGUCCAAACAGCACUCUGAAGAUGAAGAUCGCCCUCAGGGUGCUGCACCUUGAAAAGCAAGAGCGGUCUCCAGACCACCAACACUCAGCCCAAGUAAAGCGACCCUCUGUUUCCAAAGAAGGGAGAAAAGUAUCUGUCAGAUCUCAGAUGUCUGCGUCACCAGGCGCUGGCGACAGCAGCACGGCCCCAUCCACACCAGUCAUUGGGGGCAGUGAUAAGCCUGGCGUGGAAGAGAGAGCCCAGCCCGCGGAGGCCAGCCCUCUGGGGCUGCGAGACCUGGGCAGGAGCUCCUCCAGCCUCCACGCUGGCCCCACCUGCUCCCCCAGCCACAUCUCUGUCAAGGAGCCCACCCCAAGCAUAGCCUCAGACAUUUCACUGCCCAUCGCCACACAGGAGCUCCGGCAGAGGCUGCGGCAGCUUGAAAAUGGGGCAACACUGGGGCAGUCUCCCCUGGGGCAGAUCCAGCUGACCAUCCGGCACAGCUCGCAGAGAAACAAGCUCGUGGUGGUUGUGCACUCCUGCAGAAACCUCAUUGCCUUCUCUGAAGAUGGCUCUGACCCGUAUGUCCGCAUGUAUUUGUUACCAGACAAGAGGAGGUCAGGAAGGAGAAAAACACACGUAUCAAAGAAAACACUGAACCCGGUGUUUGAUCAGAGCUUUGAUUUCAGCGUUUCACUACCGGAAGUGCAGAGGAGAACGCUGGACGUAGCAGUGAAGAACAGUGGCGGCUUCCUGUCCAAAGACAAAGGGCUUCUUGGCAAAGUAUUGGUUGGUCUGGCGUCUGAAGAGCUCGCCAAAGGCUGGACCCAGUGGUACGACCUCACGGAAGAUGGGACGAGACCACAGGUGGUGACGUAGGCCACUCUGGCGUGAGGAGCCCUCCUUGGUGUGUCUGCCCCACCCCACGUGCUCGGAAUGCACCCUCCCACAGACAUACUGAUACUAUUUUUAUAAUGUCAUCUAUUUAGUUAUACCUACCUUAAUAGUUUUAUAAAACUUGUUGACAUUUUAGGCAUAUUUGGCCAAUAUUAUUGUUAAUUUUGUAUGUUUAAUCUCCUCUAGUAUUUCACCAGUUAUUUAGAAUACAGUAGGAUAGUAGUUGAUUACUGUCUGAUGUAAAGCUAUGUGAGUUGUAUCUACUGGGAAGUGGAUAUAUGUAUAUGCUUUACUAUUGCCUUGUUUUGUAUAUCACUGAGGUACACUAUGCCAUGUAAAUAGACUCUAUUUUUUAUAAUAUCUACAUGCUGGUUUGAAUUCAGAAGAAAAUGAAUCAAGGAAAUAUAUAUAUUUUUUCUUCUAAAACUUAUUAAAUUCUUAUGACAAAUAAUCAUUUUUGUCUUUGCAGGAAAAAGUUCUCAGUGACCUAUUUUGUGGUGUUUCUUUUUAAAAAGAAAAGCUGAAAGAUUAUUACCUAUUAGUGUAUUUCUGCCCAUUCUGGAUAAUGAAAGUAUUCAGAAUAUUAACACUUUCAUAAAUAUAAAGAUGUAUUGUUGAGAAGUCAGUUGAAGAACUUAUAAGGAAAAAUAUUGUAUAACUGAGUAAUUUAAAAUAUUAAGAGAAUUGUCAUGGUUCAUAAAUCAUAGUGUUCUAAUCUGAAAUUCCUUACAUAAAAUGAAAUGUCUUAAGUUUA